AUGGUGCUAAAUUCGUGGAGUUAUCGACACGCAGUCAGCGGUGGCUCUGCCGAGGAGUUAGUGGCGACGGCGAAGCUGCGAGGAACCCCGCCGGGGCUCGGGGAUGCCGACUCCCGGAGCGGCAAGGCCAGCGAGUUUGCCUUGACUCCCCUCACUACCAAAAUAAAUGUACAGGGCAGGAUUGUUCCACUGAGCCGCUGCGAGUGGGGAGGGCGAAGGCGGCCGGGAGAUGGUACGUGCCGGCAGCUCGCCGCCGAACGCAGCGAGGAUUGCGAUGCACGGGAGAGUUCAGGGGGGAAAGAGGAGGAAGCAGCGGAGGCAGCCGAAGCUCGCAGCAUGGCAAGAGCCAAGCUGAAGCAUUCCCCCUCGGAGAGCAAUUCGCGCGUGAAGCCCGUCCCAGCGGGCGCGGCGGACGAUGCCCACGGGGUGAGCCCCUUGCUGCCGGCUCGGAGGCUGGGAUCCCUGGGGAGCGACGUCGGACAAAGGGUGCAGGUGGAGUUCUACGUGAACGAGAACACCUUCAAGGAGCGGCUCAAGCUGUUCUUCAUCAAGAACCAGCGCUCGAGCCUGAGGAUCCGGCUCUUCAACUUCUCCCUGAAGCUGCUCACCUGCCUGCUGUACAUCGUCCGCGUGCUGCUCGACAACCCCGAGGAGGGCGUGGGCUGCUGGGAAUGCGAGAAGCAGAACUACACGCUCUUCAACCAGUCCGCCGAGAUCAACUGGUCCCACAUCUUCUGGGUGGACAGGAAAACGCCCCUAUGGGCUGUCCAGGUCAGCAUAGCUUUAAUCAGCUUCCUGGAGACCAUGCUGCUCAUCUAUCUCAGCUACAAGGGGAACAUCUGGGAACAGAUUUUUCGCAUUUCGUUCAUCCUUGAAAUGAUCAACACAGUGCCCUUUAUUAUCACAAUAUUCUGGCCUCCUUUACGGAAUUUAUUCAUUCCUGUUUUUCUGAACUGCUGGCUUGCCAAGUAUGCCCUGGAAAACAUGAUCAACGACCUGCACCGAGCCAUACAAAGGACCCAAUCUGCAAUGUUUAACCAAGUGCUCAUUCUUAUCUGCACCCUGCUGUGCCUUGUUUUCACAGGGACCUGUGGCAUCCAGCAUUUAGAAAGAGCAGGAGAGAAGCUCUCCCUUUUCAAGUCCUUCUAUUUUUGCAUUGUCACCUUUUCCACUGUGGGCUAUGGAGACGUGACACCAAAGAUCUGGCCUUCCCAGCUCCUGGUCGUCAUAAUGAUUUGCGUCGCUCUUGUUGUGCUGCCCCUCCAGUUUGAGGAGCUCGUGUACCUGUGGAUGGAGCGGCAGAAAUCGGGAGGGAAUUACAGCCGCCACCGUGCCCAGACGGAGAAGCACGUUGUGCUGUGCGUCAGCUCGCUCAAGAUUGAUCUCCUCAUGGACUUCCUCAACGAGUUCUACGCCCAUCCGCGCCUGCAGGAUUACUACGUGGUGAUACUUUGUCCAACAGAGAUGGAUAUCCAGGUGCGGCGGGUCCUUCAGAUUCCUCUGUGGUCACAGCGAGUGAUUUACCUCCAGGGCUCGGCGCUGAAGGACCAGGAUCUCAUGCGAGCCAAGAUGGACAACGGAGAAGCCUGUUUCAUCCUCAGCAGCCGGAACGAGGUGGACCGCACGGCGGCGGACCAUCAGACCAUCUUGAGAGCUUGGGCUGUGAAAGAUUUCGCUCCAAACUGUCCUCUCUACGUUCAAAUCCUGAAGCCUGAGAACAAGUUUCAUGUCAAGUUUGCUGAUCACGUCGUCUGCGAGGAGGAGUGCAAAUACGCCAUGCUGGCCUUGAACUGCGUCUGCCCCGCCACCUCCACCCUCAUCACCCUGCUGGUGCACACCUCCCGCGGACAGGAGGGCCAGGAGUCCCCAGAGCAGUGGCAGAGGAUGUACGGGCGCUGCUCAGGCAACGAGGUCUACCACAUCCGCAUGGGCGACAGCAAGUUCUUCAUGGAGUAUGAGGGCAAGAGCUUCACCUACGCUGCCUUCCACGCACACAAGAAGUAUGGUGUCUGCUUGAUCGGCAUCCGGCGGGAGGAUAACAAGAGCAUCCUGCUGAACCCGGGACCGCGACAUAUCAUGGCAGCAUCCGACACCUGCUUCUACAUCAACAUCACCAAGGAGGAGAACUCUGCCUUCAUCUUCAAGCAGGAGGAGAAGCAGAAGAAGAAGGGCUUUGCAGGCAGGGGUGCCUACGACGGCCCUUCGCGCCUGCCCGUGCACAGCAUCAUCGCGAGCAUGGGUACAGUAGCCAUGGACCUGCAAAACACUGAGUGUCGCCCCAUCAACAGCAGCAAGCUGGCGCUGCCGGCCGAGAACGGCGCGGGCACGCGGCGGCCCAGCAUCGCCCCCGUCCUCGAGCUGGCGGAUACCUCCUCGCUGCUGCCCUGCGACCUGCUCAGCGACCAGUCGGAGGACGAGAUGACGCAGUCGGACGAGGAGGGCUCGGCGGUUGCGGAGUAUGUAAAAGGUUACCCACCAAACUCCCCAUACAUUGGAAGCUCACCAACAUUGUGCCACCUUUUACCCGAGAAAGCGCCUUUCUGCUGCCUGCGGUUGGACAAGGGCUGCAAACACAACAGCUUUGAAGAUGCCAAGGCCUAUGGGUUUAAGAACAAACUGAUUAUAGUUUCAGCAGAGACUGCAGGGAAUGGACUGUAUAACUUCAUCGUCCCCCUUCGUGCAUAUUAUCGGUCCCGCAAAGAGCUAAAUCCGAUUGUAUUGCUUCUGGACAACAAGCCAGAGCAUCACUUUCUGGAAGCCAUCUGUUGUUUCCCAAUGGUUUACUACAUGGAAGGCACGAUCGAUAACCUGGACAGCUUGCUGCAGUGUGGGAUCAUCUACGCGGACAACCUGGUGGUUGUAGACAAAGAGAGCACCAUGAGCGCUGAAGAGGACUACAUGGCAGACGCAAAGACGAUUGUCAACGUUCAGACCAUGUUCAGGCUCUUCCCCAGCCUCAGCAUUAUCACAGAGCUGACCCACCCCUCCAACAUGAGAUUUAUGCAGUUCAGAGCAAAGGACAGUUAUUCCUUGGCCCUUUCCAAGCUAGAAAAGAAAGAGCGCGAGAACGGCUCUAACCUGGCGUUCAUGUUCCGGCUGCCCUUCGCUGCCGGCAGGGUCUUCAGCAUCAGCAUGUUGGACACGUUGCUCUACCAGUCGUUUGUGAAGGACUACAUGAUCACCAUCACCAGGCUGCUGCUGGGCCUCGACACCACGCCGGGCUCGGGCUACCUCUGUGCGAUGAAAAUCACUGAGGACGACCUGUGGAUCCGGACGUACGGCCGCCUCUUCCAGAAGCUCUGCUCAUCCAGCGCCGAGAUUCCCAUCGGGAUCUACAGAACGGAGUCGCACAUGUUCGCAACCUCCGAGCCUCACGACAUCAGGGCGCAGUCGCAGAUCUCCAUCAACGUGGAGGACUGCGAGGACACCAAGGACGUGAAGGAGCACUGGGGCAUCAAGACGGGCCACCACCGGAACUCGUGCUCCAGCGACCAGUCGGAGCACCCGCUGCUGCGGCGCAAGAGCAUGCAGUGGGCCCGCCGCCUGAGCCGGAAGGGCAACAAGCACGCCAGCAAGAGCGCCGAGUGGAUCAGCCAGCAGCGCCUGAGCCUCUACCGGCGCUCCGAGCGGCAGGAGCUCUCCGAGCUCGUCAAAAACCGCAUGAAGCACCUGGGCUUGCCCACCACGGGGUACGAGGAUGUAGCAAAUUUAACAGCCAGUGAUGUGAUGAAUCGGGUAAACCUGGGAUAUUUGCAAGACGAGAUGAACGACCACCAGAACACGCUCUCCUACGUGCUCAUCAACCCGCCGCCCGACACGCGGCUGGAGCUCAACGACAUCGUGUACCUGAUCCGCUCGGACCCGCUGGCCCACGUGGCCCACGACGGGCAGAGCCGCAAGAGCAGCGGCAGCGCCCGGCUCGGCCCCUGCAGCCCCGAGACCCGCGACGAGACGCAGCUCUGAGCCCGGCCCGGCCCCCCGCGCCGCCGGGCCCCCGCCCGGCACCGGGCCCCGGCGCCCGGGGGGCUUUUCCCAUGGAUGUGGCCACCCGCGAGGCCACGUGCCGCUGCCACAGAGGGUCCUGGUGCCAUCAUGGAGGGUCCUGGUGCCACCACCACGGAAGGUCCCAGUGCCACCACCACGGACGGUCCCAGUGCCACCACCACGGAGGGUCCUGGUGCCACCACCACGGAGGGUCCUGGUGCCACCGCCAUGGAGGGUCCCGGUGCCACCACCACGGAGGGCCCCAGUGCCACCACCACGGAGGGUCCUGGUGCCACCACCACGGAGGGCCCCAGUGCCACCACCAUGGAGGGUCCCAGUGCCACCGCCAUGGAGCGUCCCGGUGCCGUCAGCCCACGGGACCACAGGGAACUUCCUCCGGCAGAAACACCAGAUGUAUUUUUCAUCUAUUUUUGCACACUUCAGGCCGUCGACGUGUGAAGGGUUUCUCUGACUGCCGAGUGAAUCACCGAGCUGUUAACUUUAUAUACUUUUACAUUCAUGUAUUAAAACUUAAAUGUGAUUUUUUCCCGCCCCCAACGAGAAGCCUGUAAAGCACAAGGGCACCAUGACACCCCGCCGGGCAUCCCCGCCCCGCGCCGGACACACGGCUGGUUGCCGUCGUCACCCCUCGCCAGCCAUUCGCCGUGACACACAAUAAAGUUGUUUACAAAAAGAAAAAAAAAAAAAAAAAAGAAAAAGUUUAAAAUCACAGCUUUAAGCCGUUAAUGCGAGUGACUGUGCCAGUGCUCCCCGUCCGCCCCGGAGCGACCUGGCGGCCCCCGGCCGACCCGUGCCACCGGGAGGCCCGUUUCGGCCGCACCGUCCCACGCCGAUCCCACGGCGCCCGGCUACAGGCGUCCUGGAGGAAAAAGGAGAUAAACGGCAAAGAGAGGAGGUGGCUCCUGCCAGCUCAGGGACUGGAUGGGACUCGGGGUUGUCUUUCCUUUUCCAUAUCCUCUUUUUUCUCUUUUCCUUUUUCUCUUCUCCUUUUCCAUUUCCUUUUUGCUUUUUUGUUUCUUUUUACCUUUUUUCUUUUUUUCACUUUUUCCUUUUCCAUUCUCUUUUUUUCCCUUUCCCUUCCCCUUCCUCUACCCCGUCUCUCUGGCCGCGCUCAGUCCGUGAGCAGCUCCCGUCCCGCUGGGCUCGGUCAGCCGAGGAGCUGGGAGAACAACCAGCGCGGCUCCAGUGCCGCCGCUGCGAAACGGAGGCAUCAACAGAGCCAGCGCCCAUGCUUUCAUGCCUCUUUCUUUUUUUUUUUUUUUUUUUUUUGGUCUCUUUUGGGUAAGGUAGAGGCUUUUUUCUGCCUCUGUGUGUAAGCGUUCGUGCCGGCCCCGGCGGAGCAGCAGCCCUGCGGGCUAGCGGGGGACGCGGCUGCGGCUGGGCGCUGGGGCAGGCGCCCCCGGGGCGCUCCGACCUCGUCCCCAGAAGCGGCUUUAGUUACUCAAGUCCAGGUUUCGGGCUUGAUUUGCCUUUUUUUUUUUUCUUUUUCAAGCCUUCUGUAGCAUGCAGGUGGUGGUGGAAUAAAGCUGUAACCGGAGAGCAGUGUUACAGGUUCAAAGAAGAAAAAGGGAAAAAAAAAAGAAAAAGGAAAAAAAAAAAAAAACACCAACCCCCCCCCAUCCAACCCAGCGGCAGCGCGGCGAGCGCGGGACGGGCGUGCGAGCCGGCUGGGUUUGCGAAGCCGAGUGCAGCAAAGCCGAGCCCGCAGGGUAGCGGAGCCGCCGCAGGCGCCUGGAGCUGCAGCUUCUCCUCCCGAGGGAGCCGGCGUGCCGCGGCCCGGAGCGGCCGGCUCGUGUCUGGGAGAGCGACCCCGAAGGGAAGGGCCCAAUCCUGGCAGCCCCCCGACCCCAGCGCCAGGAGACACCAGGGGUAGAGGAGCCCCUCGAACUGGAAGACGGUUGGAAAAUACAUAUAUGGUUUGUGA